GACAACAGCUCCUCAGAGUCUUCAAUCAUAUCUGGCUCACGGGUGCUUUUCCGUCACAAUGGCGAGACAGUAUAGUUAUCCCCGUCCUUAAGCUUGGGAAACUCCUAAUGUCUCUUUGACAGCUACCAGCUUAUUUGCCUUACAAAUGUGCUUUGUAAACUGCUUGAAAGGAUGGUAAACUCCAGAUUACAUUGGUUACUCAAAUCUCAGGGCCUUUUGUCACCAUAUCAGUGUGGUUUCCGGGCAGGGCGAUCUCCAACUGACCAUUUACUCCAAUGGGAAUCAGCUGUAUGACGGGCUUUUACUCACUACCGGCACCUUGUCGCAGUGUUCUUUGACCUACAUAAGGCGUUUGACAUCGCUUGGCCUCAUCACGUUUUAGUUACCCUCCACGACUGGGGGGAGUGUCUCCCGACAGUACACACUUGGCUGUUUUGACGUUUACUGACCGGAAGUUGGUUUCACGUGGCGAGGCAUCCUGUUCGAAGACGCCAUUCAUGUUGAUGUUUGCCUUGUGCUCCAUUUAACUGCUUUCGUUGUUUGUUGCUGCUUCUUGUUAUUUCGUUGCUGCUGUUCCAUUUUGUUAUUGUUUCUUGUUAUUGUUUAGUUUGUUUUAGUAAACAUGAGUGAUUCCCAAGAAACGCUCUAUAAGUGUGAGGAAUGCAAUUCAGAGUUUAAAAUGCGAAAGAACCUCUACGCCCAUAUGAGGAAAGUUCAUGAACUUGAUAUCCAUGUGUCUAAAAAAGGAAAAGGCAGUGAAUUGUGUCCCCAGUGCGGAAUUGCAUUUAUGAGAUGCAGUUCAUUAAAACGUCAUCAAAUAACUGUGCAUGGCAUGAAGUCGGAGGAAAACAGUCGGAAAUGCCGCAUUAUUUGCCCACAGUGCUCUCUCUCGUUUCUCACCUAUGACACACUGAGAACACAUAUUCAAGAGAACCAUGACGUUAGUUUUGAGUGCCAUGAGAUAGAAUUUGGUUGUCUUGCAGGUUUGUUUUUUAUAUUUAUUGUGUUAGUCACGUUUUAGUAAAUUUUGUUGAUCCCACGUACAUAACUUAAAAAUACUGCCUUAACAUUUUUUUCAGACUCUGAAGAGUGGAAAAUUUCUUACGAAAAAGUAAACCAUGUUCCUUAUGUAAUGAAUUGUUCGGAGCAGGAGCGACUAGAAAAACGUGUUCGAUAUUACCAAUGCCAUCGCUCUUUCAAUUUCAAUUCUAAAGGAACAGGUGCCAGGUGUGUCAAAAGUAUGGGCACGAAUAAAAUAGGCGGUACUUGUCCAUCCAACAUGCAAGUGACAAUAACAGAGGACAAAUGCUGCUUAAAAUUUUUUCCAAAACAUAUGGGACACACCCAAGAUGUUGGAAGAACAUUUCUGCAUAGGAACGAGAGGGCAGAAUUGGCAGGUCGGCUGUCACAGGGUGUUCCUGUUGGACGAGUUUUACAAGAUGUCCGAAGUGCACCAAUCGCUGCAAGUGUGGAGAGAAUCCAUCUCCUUGAGAAAAAAGAUUUGCAUAAUAUAAAAAGGGAUUUUGAUAUUGGUUAUGCAACGAAGCAGCAUGAAAAUGAUGCAGUGAGUGUGAAAUUGUGGGUUGAAGAAAUGAAGAGAGAAAGUGACAACCCAGUACUGUAUUUCAAGCAGCAAAAACAAGUGGAUCCUAAUUUUCAAGAUGAAGAUUUCGUUCUUAUUAUAAUGACAGACUUUCAGGCCGAACAACUUCUAAAGUAUGGAGAAGAUAAAAUAUGUGUGGAUGGCACUCAUGGCAUGACUGCAUACGAUUUUCAACUUUUUACUAUUGUCGUUGUUGAUAGAUAUGGUGCUGGAAUGCCAGUUGCAUUUUGUUUUUCAAAUAGGGAAGACAUGUGCUUACUGUCUUUUUAUUUCAAAUGUGUGAGAGAAAGGGUGGGCACUGUAAAGACCAAUGUGUUUAUGCCUGACGAUGCACCAGCAUUUUAUAAUGCAUGGUCAGCAUUAAUGGGACCUGUGCCAAACCAGUUGCUGUGUUCUUGGCAUAUACAACGGAACUGGUCUCAAAAUUUAAGGAGAAUUUCUGGGGGCAGUGAGAAAAAAUCAGCAGUGUUUAGUUCACUAAAGCGACUUCAGACUGAACUGGAUAUAGAUGUUUUUAGUUGUAGUCUGGAGAAAGUGGUGGAAGACUUAUUGAAUGAUCCGGAUACUGCAGAAUUUGGCAGUGCAGACAAUGAAUAUGUGUCAGCAUUGCUUUCUGGCAAUUCAGAAAAAUCUGCUGACACAUUUGAACAGGAUGUGAUGUCUCACUGUGAAACUAUAGUUGCACUCAGCAAAGGAACACAGUGUGGACAGGAGACUAAGGCGAAAGUAUUGAAGGAUCUGAAGAAGAUCAUUGGCAGUCUUAAUAAAGAUUUUUCUUUCUCACAAGAAAACACAGUAAAUGUGAAUGCCAAGAUUGAAUCUCAGGCUAGAUUUUUUUCCACAAAGCAGAGAAGGAUUUUGUGA